AUGGCUCUGUUCUUCACCCUGGCUCUCCUGGCUGUGGCACAUCAUCCUUUAAUGGCAUUUGACAUGGGGCAGUCCACUCGCUGCGUCGCCAUCCCUAACCAGAUGAAGGUCUGCAAAGACGUAGGAUACUCGGAGAUGCGUCUGCCCAAUUUCCUGGGCCACAGCAACCUGGAGCUGGAGGUGGUGCCACGGUCCGAGGACUGGAAGCCCUUGCUGCAGACAGGCUGCCACCCUCAGGCCCAGGCCUUCCUCUGCUCCAUCAUCGCCCCUGUCUGUCUCGAUACUUUCAUCCAGCCCUGCCGCAGUCUGUGUGUGGCAGUGAGGGACAGCUGUGCCCCAGUGCUCGCCUGCCAGGGUCACCAAUGGCCAGAGGCUCUUGAGUGUGACCGAUUCCCUGCUGAAGAGGACAUGUGCCUCACUCCCCAUGCAAAAUUAAGUCACUUCGCCAAAGAUCUACCUAAACCUGCUUGCCAAAACUGUCCAGCAGUGGAAGAGGCUCCUGCAAUGGAAACAGUCCUGGAGGCUUUUUGUCAUUAUGACUUCGCUGUGACCGCCAAACUCCAUCGCCAUCGCCUUCCCACGGGUGAACCAGAAUUUGAGGUGGGGGGCCGGGUGGAGUUUAUCCAACAGGGACCUCUGCUGCCCUACGACACAAAGCUCCUCCUCCAGCAGUGGCUCCUCAUCAACCUGCAAUGUGCCAAAGUCCUUGUGCGCUCCGGACGAUCCCAGCUGUACGUGCUGACCGGCUCUGUGCAGCCGGACGGAACUCUGGCUCUCACACGGCUCUUCCCUUGGCACAAAAAAGACGCAAACAUUGCUGUGGCCACUCGGAAGUGGAAGCACCACAGGUGUUAA